AUGAAUUUACAUCCAGAUGCCGGUAAAAAACCGAGAAAAGUACGAAAUUCUGUUAUUAUUCGUGACAAAAAAGUUAAAGGCUUAGAGCAUGUGAACCAUAAAGGCCGUUUAAUACCAGAAAAACGUCUGGGCGAAGAUUUUAGGUGUGCCAGCUUUAAAUGUUUCACUGUUUUAUCUGAGCAAGAAAGGCACGCUGUAUUUACAGAGUUUUACAAAAUACAGUCACAAAACCUUCAAGACUCGCAUCUUUGCGGUCUCAUAAAGGUGGACCCAAUCAAGCAAAGAUCUCGUGAGUCGAACAGAAGAAAUCUGGUACAGUAUUCCAACUCAUCAGAAGAUAAAUACGCUAGACCUAAUGAUUAUGAUAAUGCCGCAGCUUACAGAUACAAGGUACGUACAAAGCAGAUUGAUAAUAAUAAGUAUUAUUACAAAGAAGUACCUGUGUGUAAAAAAGCUUUCCUCAGUCUACAUGGUAUAAUAACGCCGGCCAGACUCAGACGACUACAGUCAAGUCUUUGCGAAAAUUUAAAAUCCCCCAUUGACAGGAGAGGCCAACACAAAAACAACCGAAUGCUUUACCUGAAGAAAUGGAAAAUCUAAUAAAAUUACACAUCAGAUCCUUUAAACCUAGGCAGUCCCAU